CGUCUCGGCCUCCGCCUCCGCCGGCGGGGACCCCAGCACGAGGGCCGCGGGCCGGCGCCGCCGCGAUGUUCCCCGGGGAGGCCAAGUGGAACAUCUCGUUCGCGGGCUGCGGCUUCCUCGGCGUCUACCACAUCGGCGUGGCCUCCUGCCUCCGCGAGCACGCGCCCUUCCUGGUGGCCAACGCCGCGCACAUCUACGGCGCCUCGGCCGGGGCGCUCACGGCCACGGCGCUGGUCACCGGGGCCUGCCUGGGUGAGGCCGGUGCCAACAUCAUUGAAGUGUCUAAGGAGGCCCGGAAGCGGUUCCUAGGCCCCCUGCACCCCUCCUUCAACCUGGUGAAGACCAUCCGUGGCUGUCUGCUGAAGACCCUGCCUGCUGACUGCCAUGAGCAUGCCAGUGGGCGUCUGGGCAUCUCCCUGACCCGUGUCUCAGAUGGCGAGAACGUCAUUAUAUCCCACUUCAGCUCCAAGGAUGAGCUCAUCCAGGCCAAUGUGUGCAGCACCUUCAUCCCUGUGUACUGUGGCCUCAUCCCUCCCUCCCUCCAGGGGGUGCGCUAUGUGGAUGGCGGUAUUUCAGACAACCUGCCGCUCUAUGAGCUUAAGAACACCAUCACAGUGUCCCCCUUCUCGGGCGAGAGUGAUAUCUGCCCACAGGACAGCUCCACCAACAUUCACGAGCUCCGGGUCACCAACACCAGCAUCCAGUUCAACCUCCGCAACCUCUACCGCCUCUCCAAGGCCCUCUUCCCACCGGAGCCCAUGGUGCUGCGAGAGAUGUGCAAGCAGGGCUACAGGGACGGCCUGCGCUUCCUGCGGCGCAACGGCCUCCUGAACCAGCCCAACCCCUUGCUAGCCCUGCCUCCUGUGGUCCCCCACGCCCCCGAAGAGGAAGACGUUGAGGCCGCGGCCGCAGGGAGGGCCCGAAUGGAGGGUCACUUGCAGCUGCCCAGGGAAGAUCACAUCCUGGAGCACUUGCCUGCCCGGCUCAAUGAGGCCCUGCUGGAGGCUUGCGUGGAGCCCAAGGACCUGCUGACCACACUCUCCAACAUGCUGCCUGUGCGUCUGGCCACGGCCAUGAUGGUGCCCUACACUCUGCCGCUGGAGAGUGCUGUGUCCUUCACCAUCCGCUUGCUGGAGUGGCUGCCUGACGUCCCUGAGGACAUCCGGUGGAUGAAGGAGCAGACAGGCAGCAUCUGCCAGUACCUGGUGAUGCGUGCCAAGAGAAAGCUGGGCAGCCACCUGCCUGCCAGGCUGUCGGAGCAGGUGGAGCUACGCCGCGCCCAGUCACUGCCCUCGGUGCCGCUGUCCUGCGCAGCCUACAGCGAAGCGCUGCCCAGCUGGGUGCGCAACAACCUCUCGCUGGGGGACGCGCUGGCCAAGUGGGAGGAGUGCCAGCGUCAGCUGCUGCUGGGUCUUUUCUGCACCAAUGUGGCUUUCCCGCCCGACGCUCUGCGCAUGCACACCAGUCCCCCUCCUGCGGACCCCGCACCCCCGCAGCACCCGCCAGGUCUGCCCCCUUGCUGAGGGCCCCAGUUCUGGCUUUCCCCAGCACCCUGGGGUCCUGGUGCUGAAGGCCAGGCCCUCCAGAUUCCCUGCCCCAAGCAUUGGGGCGCUGGGGCUGGCUGCGAACCGGAUCCCGGCCUCUCUCCGUUACCCAGUCCAGUGUGAGGAGACGGGGCCCACACGGCUGCGAAGAGGGAGCUUUGCUGCAGAUCUCCCUCCACUGACCCCUCACAUGCUGCGCUGGAGUGUCCCUCCCCUCGGGGCGGGCCCCUGCCCAGCCUUGUCAGUGCAGUGUUACUCCCGAGAACUUUGCACCUGCUCCCCGUCCCCACUUUUCAUGUUUUGCUGAAGAAAGUGUAUGAAAAUUAUUUAUUUUCGCCAAAGCAGAUGUAAUAAAUGCCACAGCUCAA